ACUGCUUUCCUGAUCGGUGGGAGGAUCCUAUGUUUGUCUGUCCUGUUUCUUAGCACCCUCUAUGUAGGCUAAUUUACCGAAUACUGCAGCAAGGGUGUCACGAUCCAGAGAGAAGGAAGGCAAAUCGGGAGUAAAAUCGAAACAACGGCCAGAAGAGAGUAAUGGCAGCCAUUAGGAAGAAGCUGGUGAUCGUGGGGGACGGAGCCUGUGGAAAGACUUGUCUUCUCAUUGUCUUCAGUAAAGACCAGUUCCCCGAGGUCUACGUGCCCACAGUGUUCGAGAACUACAUCGCGGACAUCGAGGUUGAUGGCAAACAGGUGGAGCUGGCGCUGUGGGAUACAGCCGGCCAGGAGGACUACGACCGGUUGAGGCCUCUCUCCUACCCCGACACAGAUGUCAUCCUCAUGUGCUUCUCUAUCGACAGCCCUGACAGUUUAGAAAAUAUCCCGGAGAAGUGGACCCCUGAGGUGAAGCACUUCUGCCCCAACGUUCCAAUCAUCCUGGUGGGCAACAAGAAGGACCUGAGGAACGACGAACACACACGGAGGGAGCUGGCCAAGAUGAAGCAGGAGCCAGUGAAGCCAGAGGAGGGCCGGGACAUGGCUAACCGUAUCAGUGCCUUUGGCUACCUGGAGUGUUCAGCCAAGACAAAGGAUGGCGUGAGGGAGGUUUUUGAGAUGGCCACCAGGGCGGCGCUGCAGGUGCGCAAGCGCAAGAAGAGGGGUGCCUGCCUGCUGUUGUGAGGAGGAGGAAGACCUCAGUCGUCAACUGAAAAAACAACAACAUAUAUAUAUAUAUAUACGCAGGACUGACCUUUUACCAAAUGGCAUCUUUGUACUGUAUCUCAUUUCACGCUAAAGAGGUUGGCGGCCGAAAGUGCUGAACGUAAAAUAACAAGGAAAAGGACUGGUCUGUAACACAGGUUAGAAAUUAGUGUUUAAACUUCUCAGCUUUGUUUUUGUUUGUUAUGCUUAUUCCAUGCAAUGGAUACACUGUCAUUCGUCUAGUUUUUCCACAGCCGUCUUUUUUUCCCCCUGUCGCUUUUGAGAAGAUAAUAAAUGCACAUGUAUUUGUAUGCAAAAAUAUUUGGCUGUCCUUCCCUGGGCCUGUACAAACAGUCGGUCAACAGAGCUUGUGUUGUCAACAUGCACACUGUUGGAAUCAGGACUCACCCAAACUCUUGUUCAUUUGUAACCCGUCCUGUCCGCUAGCAUAGAUUCCAUGUUAAGAGGGUCUACUUUCCAGGGGAGAGGUUUUGCUCUUUAGAACCAGUGCCUUUAAAAAAUAUAUAUUUUUCAAGUCCUUGCAUACCACUAAAUAAUGCUCCUCCUGACCUGUUGGUCAACUCACUAGCAGGGGAGCGGAGGGCCUCCCCACGUUAAUUAUACACAGUAUGUAUUGUAAUGCAAUCUGAGCUUUGCUGCAUGUAACCUAGGCUUUGAGGGCUGUCGACAACUAGCCGCAGGAAACGACUUCAAAGUUAUUUUACUUAGGAGAAAGCAUCAGCUAGUCCGUAUUGACUGAGAUCAGCUCCCCCCCGGGGGUAGUCAGAGCACCUAAUGGCACUGUAACAUGACCCUACAGAUAUGUGUGCAGAGAAGUCCAUCCGCCCCCUCAAAUAAGGUCUGGAUUGAACAGCUGUUCCACAGCUGUACAGAGAUGCUUGAAUAUCCCACAUAAACAGAAGCUAGCAUGACUUUAAAGUACCACCACACCAGGACGUGACAAGUUAAAACCGGUAUCGCAUGAUGAUUAGGGGAGCAUGGUCUACAGUAGCUACAGUAGGUUUGUAUGAGUUGACACAAUCCUCUUUUUAGAAUGAGAAUGCCAAUGUAUUUGUCACAAGGCUGGAGCUACUGGGGUAUGGGGGGGGACUGACUGGUGUAUCCUGCCUCGAGAUCCUGUCAGGGUUGACUGGCCUGGAGAUUUCCAGUCUGACUGCAUUCUGAGGAGCCACGAGUGUUUUUCAGUGCCUUCUCUUUCCUGGUAACCUGUGCGACUUUAGCGUUCCCUUCCCCGAGAGCCGAGCAGAGACUGGACCGGUUGCUCAAUGCCAACACGCCACAGCCAGUCAACUUUGACACCUCUGUCAUGUUGCACAAAGUUCAACACUCCCAGCACUCACUCACCCAGCAAUAACGAAUGUCAGGGGGAAAUGAUGCUUGACAAAUUAAGAGUAUUAUUUUCAAGGUACACUUUGCCACAGCGUUCUGCAAAACAUACCUGGUUGAAACCCCAGUUAGAAUUUGAUCAUCCAUAGAUGAGAUCUCUUCAGCUCGGUGGUUGAUUGUAUUUCAUUUGAGGAAGGAAACUCCCAGUGUGCUUUGCCUGAUUUUUCAGGAACUGGUUUGUCAAUUCUCAGUUUGUUCUGGCUUGGCGCUAUUUGACAAGAAGGCAAGACCUGAAUUUUUUUUUUGAGAGCGAGAGACUUCUGUUGGCUGCCAAGAAAGCCCCCACACAAUUCUCUCUCCCCACCUGUCGCACAGCUAAAAUGCCGUGCUCUGCACUGUGUUACGUUAACAGUAACGUUUGGAGGGUGUGCUACAUAAUUGGAAAUUACUUUUGCAUUCGGACAUGAUUUCUUGUCUUCUGUCUUUUUUUAUAUUGCACUGCUGAGAACAAUAAAAUGCAUCGGGGUUGCUGAAGUCA